AAUCAAGAAUGAGCAACUCAAACACAAAAUCUUAAUCAACAACAAUCACAAUUCAAAAAUACAAUCAUGACACAAAAUACAACGAUCCCAUAAUUCGUUGUUCAUUUCCCUACUUAUAUAAUUCCAAUCAUAAUCUUCGUACAAAUUAAACGUGUUAAUGGAGUAAUGGACCCCUAUUCAAAAAAAUUCACCACAAAAAAUUCACAAAAUUCCAAUCCCAAAAUAAUCAACAAACAAAACCUCCACUAAAACUUCCCGCUUGUGGCAAAGACACCUCCUCUAUUACUCUUUAGCCAAUCACAACUCUCCAUAAUCUCAACUCUCAUCUAUCUCCUCCUACGUGGCAUCCUUUUGACCACCCUUUUUUUUAUUUUCCUUUUUUUUUUUAAAUUAAAAAAUAUUGUCUUCUUCUUCGAUUUUCCGAACUUCUUCUCCCUGCAAAACUCUGCUCUCAACCUCUACUUCUCUUUCUCUCUCAUCAAACUCCAUGAAAAUCGACAUUGAAGCUUGAUUCUAGAACCGUCACUUUCUCUCUCUACUGUAAAUUAAUGGCGCUUUCUCUCUCCUUGACUUCUCAUUCUGUAUUCGAGCUUAGUUCGUUUAAUCAGCAUACAUUUCGCAGAAUUAAACUUUAUUCUUCGUCUUCUAGAAUUUGCAGUUCGCGGAACCCUAGAUUUCGGCUAAUUCGAGCUGUGAGGGAGAAUACGGUUCCGUCAACGGAGGAGAGAGAAAUUCCGGUGAUUAAUGGAGUGGAUAGCUUGAAAUUGAACGGAAACGGAAAUGGUUCGAUUGAGAGUUACUUGAGUGGUAAUGGUGGAGUGAAGGGGAGUGAGAAUGGUGCUGUUAAUGGAGGAUUGGUCAAGUUUGUUGAUGGUGAUAGUAUGGCGGCGGUGAAGAGUGUGGUGGAGGAAGAUUCUGGUGCUAAGGUGGAAGAAGUAGUGGCGGAGAAGAUGAUGGCAAAAGCGGCACCGGAGAAGAAGACGAUGAAGCCGGAGAAGCAGACGAUAGAGGAUAUCGGACAAGAGGAAGCUUGGUUUAAGCAAGGCGGUCGAGAUCAAUUAGAGGUUUCUGUUGCGCCUGGAGGCCGCUGGAGCAGAUUCAAAACAUAUUCAACGAUACAAAGGACAUUGGAAAUUUGGGGAUUUGUUCUGACAUUUGUCUUUAGAGUUUGGUUGAGCAAUCAGAAGUUCUCUUAUAAAGGAGGGAUGACCGAAGAGAAGAAAAGGCUGAAGCGGAUGACUCUUGCUAAAUGGUUGAAGGAAAAUAUUUUGAGGCUGGGUCCAACAUUUAUCAAAAUUGGGCAGCAGUUCUCCACAAGAGUGGAUAUACUUGCUCAAGAAUACGUUGAUCAGCUUUCAGAACUUCAGGAUCAAGUUCCUCCUUUUCCAUCAGAGACAGCUGUAUCUAUUGUUGAAGAGGAGCUUGGAGGUCCCCUAAGUGAUACCUUUGAGCGCUUUGAUUAUGAGCCCAUAGCAGCAGCAAGUCUUGGUCAGGUCCAUCGAGCCAGACUUAAAGGACAGGACGUAGUUGUUAAAGUGCAGCGGCCUGGGCUCAAGGAUCUCUUUGAUAUUGAUCUCAAAAAUCUAAGGGUAAUUGCUGAAUAUCUUCAGAAGCUUGACCCAAAAUCGGAUGGUGCGAAGAGAGACUGGGUGGCAAUUUAUGACGAGUGUGCUAGUGUAUUGUACCAGGAAAUUGACUACACCAAGGAAGCAGCAAAUGCAGAACUGUUUGCUAGCAAUUUCAAAAACAUGAGUUAUGUCAAGGUUCCUUCAAUUUACUGGGAAUACACUACCCCGCAGAUCUUAACCAUGGAGUAUGUCCCGGGGAUCAAGAUAAAUAGAAUUCAAGCUUUAGAUCAGUUGGGAGUUGAUCGCAAAAGGUUAGGUCGGUAUGCUGUUGAAUCUUAUCUGGAACAAAUACUUUCUCAUGGCUUUUUCCAUGCUGAUCCACACCCUGGAAAUAUUGCUGUUGAUGAUGUGAAUGGUGGAAGGCUGAUAUUUUAUGACUUUGGAAUGAUGGGAAGUAUCAGUUCAAACAUUAGAGAGGGCUUGCUCGAGGCAUUUUAUGGAGUCUAUGAGAAGGACCCAGACAAGGUUCUUCAAUCUAUGAUUCAAAUGGGCGUUCUAGUACCUACUGGAGAUAUGACUGCUGUGAGACGAACGGCGAAAUUCUUCCUUGAUAGUUUCGAGGAACGUUUGGCGGCUCAAAGAAAAGAGAAGGAAAUGGCAGCAGCGGAACUUGGAUUCAAAAAGCCAUUAACCAAGGAGGAAAAACUUCAAAAGAAAAAGCAAAGGCUAGCUGCAAUUGGGGAAGAUUUGUUGUCAAUUUCUGCAGACCAACCUUUCAGAUUUCCUGCUACAUUCACGUUUGUUGUUCGAGCAUUCUCUGUUUUAGAUGGAAUUGGGAAAGGGCUUGACCCUCGAUUUGAUAUUACUGAGAUAGCCAAACCCUAUGCUCUAGAACUGCUCAAAUUUCGUGAAGCUGGUGUUGAAGUUGUUGUGAAGGAUUUCCGAAAGAGAUGGGACCGGCAAUCUCAAGCAUUCUACAACUUGUUUAGGCAGGCAGAUAGAGUUGAGAAGCUUGCUGAAAUUAUUGAACGACUGGAAAAGGGAGACCUGAAGCUUCGUGUUCGAGCUCUGGAGUCUGAGAGAUCUUUCCAGCGUGUAGCAGCUGUUCAGAAGACAAUAGGAAGUGCUGUAGUUGCUGGAACCUUGGUGAAUCUAGCCACAAUUUUGUAUCUCCACUCAAUUCGAGUGCCCGCCAUUGCUGCUUAUACUGCGUGUGCACUUUUCGGCCUUCAAGCUUUAUUUGGUGUUCUUAAGGUCAAAAAAUUGGACCAAAGAGAGAGACUGAUUACUGGAACUGCUUGAACAAUGGGUUGUGGUUAUGCACAUAUACACAGACCCAUGAACGAAACCAUAUUUAACCACAUCAUGGGUUCCAUUUGGCCUUUAUGGCCUAAUCAGCCUUCUGAAUAGCAAAGCUGCUGUCAAGGCUGCUGAUUCUACAAUAUAAGACACUUUUUUAAUGGAGUUACUGUGUGCUUUAAAUUAAAACUUCUCGACUGAUUCAUAAAGACACAGAUCGAACAUGCUUACUCUCCAACUACAGCAUUGCGCCAUUUUGUCAGGUAUAUAGCAAAGCAGGUCAUCAAAUACAUUGUCAGAUUGAUCUCUGAAGGAACAUCCAAGUCCAGCUUUGAAGGAUGGUUCUGGUAAAUUUUAAUCUAAACUUUGAAGCAUUUGUAAAAGUAAAAAAUAAAGGCUUGUAGUUUCAUUUACAUCAUGCUUGCGUUCCCACAAGCCCUACCAGGUUAGUUAGACCAGAAAUUUUUGUCCUUUUAGUGGUCAAAGUAUAUAAUGUAUAAAUUGAUAUUGUGAAAUUAUGUACCAGUACUAGCUAUGUACACUAACUGUAAAGUAGAGAGGGUACUUCAUUCUUGAGUUCGCGGCACAUGAUAUACUGUAAUAUACCAAUGUUGUAUGAGUUUGGCUUGCAGAACUCCUGCUGUUGUUCAUAUAGCUACUGCACGCCAUUGGGCGGAUAAUCUUGCAAUUAAAUACGAAUAUAAUUGAGGUUGGAAUA